CUUGUGCCUAACUUCAUCAUGAAGCGAGCCGGGCGAACCGCUUGGACAAGUGUGUAUCUUACCGGAGCUCGCAGGUGUUUUGCUGCUUCUCUACCCUCCACUUCUUGCUGUCGCCGAACUUCCCUAUUGUCUGCUCCGAGAACCACGGCGGUGCCGCGUCGAACAGUAAUGUCGUCAGCGCAGUGGACAUGCGCCCCGAGAGUGUUUCCCACCUCGGGAGUCAAGUUGCUGGACCAGUCCGCUGAGCUUGACGAGGAGACACUGCCGACUUACCAACCCGAGAAAUACUACCCAGUCACCCAGGGUGAAGUACUCAAUGGUCGGUAUCAAACCCUUGCCAAACUAGGAUACGGGGUCACCUCCACAGUUUGGCUAGCGAAAGAUUUGGUUGCAUCGACAUAUGUGGUUCUAAAGGUUUACGUCACGGGCCAAAACCGGGACCUCGAGCGAGAACUAGACAUCUACAAGCAUAUCAAUUCAGUGGAAGCACAACAUCCUGGAAGAAACUUUAUUCGCAGACUCCUCGACCACUUUUAUCUUCAGGGGCCUCAUGGCUGUCACGCCUGUCUUGUUCACGAGCCUCUCGGAAUGACUGCAGACUUCCUGGUGACGAUGGCUCCUCGGAACGAAAGAACCCUUGAUUUCAUGAAGCCUGCUAUCCGACAGCUACUUGUCGCCCUGGACUUUCUGCAUUCGGAGUGCCAUAUCAUCCAUACAGAUCUUCAGCUGAAGAACUUACUACUUCCCGGCCCGGAGACAAGCCAUCUUUCCCGAUUCGAAGAGCGUGAAGUUGCAAACCCAACACCCCGAAAGAAGCUCAAAGAUCGAACAAUCUACAAGUCUUUAGGUUUCCUUUCUCCAGGAGGACUGCCAAUUCUCGCUGAUUUUGGGGAAGCUCGAUUAGGCGAUAAAAAGCACAAUGGCGAUAUCAUGCCGAAUGUUUAUAGAGCUCCGGAAGUGAUUCUAAGGUCGAGCUGGGACUACAAGGUGGAUAUAUGGAAUAUCGCCAUGGUCGCCUGGGAUAUUGUUAGCUCUCGCACCCUGGUCAAUGGCAAAAACCCAGAUGGCAUAUUUGAUGAUCGGGUUCAUAUGGCAGAGCUGAUUGCCCUGCUAGGCCCCCCGCCCCCUGAAUUCCGGGAACAGAGACACCUCAGCUCGGCCUUCUGGGAUGAGUCAGGGAACUGGAAGGAUGUUGCCCCCAUUCCAGAUAUUACCCUCGAGAGCCUGGCGGAGGAGGUGGAAGGGGAAGACAAAGAAGGGUUUUUACGGUGGCUCCGGAUGGCCUUGCAGUGGAACCCUGAGGACCGGCCCACGGCCUUGGAACUCCUAUUCGACGAGUGGAUGAUGAAGGGGCUUUGAAAGUGAAGGGGGGACAUGCAAAUACGCGGCUGAACAAGAUCAACGACCGUUAUACGGACUUGAACCAUUCUGCCACUGGAGAGCAAUCAGUACCCUAUCAGGUGCUCCAUGGUCGGCAGGAUACUGACGAUGAGAAAACACCAAGAAUCUCCUCUGAACCGGCUAUAAAGUACCAGUAGCAAUAUCACACCUAGUAGAAUAGGUGCUGAGUAUCUGCUUAUUGACCGGUG